AUGGUCUUCUCUAGCUCUUUCAGAGUUUGUAUUCUUCUUCCUACUCCUUCCAGUAGUUUCAGUUUGGAGGGUUCGGUUUUGUUCAGUUUUCAUAAUGCAUUUUAUGCUGUUAAUCAUAUGAGUAGUGUUGUUAUUAAAGUCAUUGUAUCUUUUGCUGAUGUAUUUGUUAAUUGUACUUUGGUGGGCAAG